CAAUGCUGGAAUAAUCUUAUUUUGGAUGGCUUUGAACAUUCUGUCGUCUCUUUUAUUCUACAUGGCUGACUGAAUAUCGUGCCGAAAAACAUUAUUUCAGUAGAGCGACCAUGCUAAAAAUAUGCCAGUGUUAUAAAAGGUAAACGAAUACUGGAGAAGAGCUUUCAUUCAAUGCCCCGACAUCGAGGAAAAGGCAUACUGUACAUUGGAACAGUAGUGAGAUGGUAAUGAAUUGGAUAAUGCGGAAUGUAAAGAUAUAUCAGGUUUUCUCAUUUUUAUAUUUCUGGACAGUUUUAUCCUUGCCACCUGUUAUAAAAGCUAAUGAUGAUAUACCAAGACCCCUCAUAAUAUCUUUGCCAAUUAACGUCCAGGCAAGCAUGCCGACUCAGCCUUAUAAUACGGAAGACAACAGUGAAGAAGAAGAACCAGGUGAACAAAGACUAGCUCCUAGAACUUAUGAUCCAUUCACAGAUAACGAAUAUCAACAAGAAGACAACAGCGAUUCGAAUACUAAUUCGAAUCAAAGAUCGAAUUUCCUCACUUGGAACCCAGGCGACAAAUUCAUGGUCUUGCAAAUCAAUGAUUACAUUGGAGCCAAAACACAAGAUCCUAAUGAUUCGGAGGAAUCUGAAAAAACGGAGGACGUUAAGGUAAGAAAAAGAAAUCGUGGUCCUCCCAUUGAGGAUGCUUUCGAUUUCGAAGACUACAGAAGACUACCUUCUCAGUCCAGACGUAGAAUAGAGUCAUCUAAAAAAGCUAGAACGUCUAACAAGAGGCCAAAACGCCCCAUGAGAGAGAGGGAAGAGAGAAAUUAUAGCGAGGAAGAUACUGAAAGCGAUGUGUAUGGCACAGAUCCUGUAGUUCAUUACAUGAGAGAUAAAAAGAGAAAGAAUAGAAGAACUUUCGAUUUUGGUCCAGUACAAGAGGAUGAUAGUGAUGACUUUAUUAUGAGGAAGUGGUGGAACUAUUAAAUACUGUAACAUAAAAUAACAUACGCUAGGAAUAGUUUCAAAUAGGAGACAACUAAAUAAGAAUUAAACAACAUUUAAUUAUCUCAUAAGCUGCAAAAAACUGAAAAUGAAGCUUUUCUGCCUCGUGUUUAAUGUUUGGAUAACGAGGUCGCGCUUUUGUUAUUUUAGCGUAAUAAAGUAAGUUCAGUAAAUAUCUUGACUUACAAAAUUUAUAAUUUAAUAAAGCAUAUUUACUUAUAUUUA